AUGGCAUGGCAUGCAUCCUUUUUCAGACUUUUCUGCAGCCAUGCGUCCGGUAGGGCAGAGCUGAUCAUUGGGCUUCGAACACAGUGGUUCGCAGAAGUUGAUGCAGAAGACAACUGCUCGCUGCGCGUGGCCGUCUGGGGUACUGCGUGUAUCAAAGCACAGAGAGGGUCUCAGCCAGGGUCCACGUGCGGCUUCGGGAAAAGGAGAGCGCGGCCUGACGGGAAUUUAUGUGGCCCUACCCAAGGUAUGUUCGUAACCGAAGAAGGGUUGUUGGUGGUGCUCGAAGACGCUCACAUCGCUAGCGCACCAAGCAGCAUGCAUCUCCCACAGCGUGGAGGACGGCCUGCAGCUGCCACAAACGUCAUGUCCGCAAAUUCUGCUUCUGCCCCCUUGGCCGUCCCCGGGCGAGAACUACGAAGGUGA